AUGAGUGACUCGGUACAUGGGUAUUGUUCUCACAGCCCCGUCAUUUGCGUCUGCACCGCCGGUAAGCUGUCCGACUAUGAUCGUCGAGGAUUUUCGAUAGCCAUUGCGGUUUGGACCGCCAUUGCGCAUGUGGCCCAUAUCGAUAUCCAGACCUCCGCGGUUAUUAUUGCCCAAAAUCAAAGAGCGUCGAAAAAGACGGUGAAGCGCGUCACAAGUCAACAAACGCCGUACAGUUGA